AGUUAUUCAAUAUCCUGUAUAUUAUACUAAUCAUAUGCGCGCAAUUAUCAUCACGAGAGGGCGUAUGUUAUGUAAACUAACUCGCUUUUGGACACGGUCCAACUUCGAAUUUCCGAGAUAAAACAAUGUCAUUCAACAUAAUUGAUGGGCAGCAAGCGUGACAAGAUAUAUAUUCAGUUUUGAACAUUUUUAAACGUUUUAGCGAUACUCUUUGGAUUUGUAUACAUAUAUUUAUAAUGAAUACCUCGGAAAUGGACGUUCAGGCUGGUUAUGUUCGUGCCGGAAACAGUUUAGCAGGAACAACUCUAAACUCGCUAAUGGACGAUGGUUACAGUGUCACUUGUGGAAUAGAGAUCGAGAACUUGACUAAAUAUUUUCUAACAAAGCCUCGGGCUUAUAUAAAUGGCGGGGUAUUAUCAAUUCCUCCUGUUACUAUAUUUCCUGAGACGAGGGAAGCAAUGAUAGCUCGAAAGACUGGCUAUACUGCUACAGGUUCAUACGGGACAGUGUCAUGGCUUAUAGAAUCUACAGAUGACCGUGAACAACGUCGCCUUAUUGUUAUGUGGUCUGCGCCAUUUAACCAUGACUUUUACAACAACACCCUUGCUGUAGGUCUCACGAAACCAGGAUACAUAGAACAUCCGAUAGGACAGAAAUGCUUCGCAAGUAUGUAUGAUAAUAGACAUAUUACAGAACUGAUAAAGUACGGCAAAAAAGAAUUUAACCGCGACAUUUCACCAAUCAUCUACCAGGACUCUGACUAUCAGGUAGUCGCCACGAUGGGAUCCAGUCACAAAGCCCAAGUCAAGAUUCUUUUCAAAGUUUUCAAAAUGUAUUAUGAUGAGAAGGUCGCCAUUUUGCCGUAUAUAAAGAAAGAGUUUGUCCGCGAUUUCUCACCAAUCAUCUUUGAGGACGCUGAGUACCAGGUAGUUGCUACAAUGGGAUCCAGUCACAAAGCUCAAGUCAAGAUACAUAUCAGACCGAAGAAAUUUGAAGAUCUUGCUGCGAAUAUAAAAAGCCAGAUUCAGAAAAAAUAAGUAUUGAACAUUUUGCAUUAAUAACAAGUCAUUUAACAAUGAUGGGAUUAAGAUUAAAAAACUGUCCCUUCUUUUAUAACUCAAAACGAUUAAUAAAAGGAAUAUAAAUAAAUAAUAUA